UUAGCCCCCCAACCUGCAGUUUGGGCAGUACUGUGUCAUGACACCGUACCAAUUCCCAUUCAAAUUUAAUGGAAACAUCGUAGGAAGAAUAGCUACCUAGUUUAGCUACUUUUAGUCAACAUACUGUUUGUGUUGAUAUAUGAAAAGCUGGAGGAAGUUGCACUGCUGGAGUGACCUCAGCAUCUCCGUCUUUGACUUUUGGUAAUCAUGCAACGUCAAAUAGUGACACGGAGUCAAAGUGAGUGCAGUGAGCUAAUUUUGGAGGCCGGCGACGUGAAAGCAGCUGCUGGCGUCCUUCAGUAGGCAGAAAACAGCCUUUGGCAGUGAUGAGAUACUCCGGUCUCUGUCUCUCUCUCUCUCUCUCUCUCUCACACACACACACACACACACACACACAGUGUUGUGCUCCUUGUGCCUGUGAGGAGAUAAUGUCAGGGCGCAAGCAGCAACAGGACCUGGCGCUCAUUAAACAACUGGAGCUCAUUCUGGAUUCCUGCGAACUGGAGCUCACUGCAGUGGAUGAAGUCUGGCCAAACCUCUACAUAGGAAACAUGGCUGUAGCACAGAAUAAAAAGACUUUAUCCAGGCUGGGCAUCACUCACGUCCUGAACGCAGCUCACUCCAAGCAGGGAAGCAUCGGGGACCAAUGUUUUUAUGACAAGGCUUGCGUUUACUGUGGCAUACCAGCAGAAGAUUCGGACCACUUCGACCUCAGCCAGUACUUCAAACCUGCAGCGGACUUUAUCCAUAAAGGCCUUCAGUGCGACCAAGGGAAAGUUCUGGUGCAUUGCAUUAUGGGUGUGAGCCGCUCAGCCACCUUGGCACUGGCCUACCUGAUGCUGCGUCAACGCCUCUCCCUCCAGGAUGCUCUCAGACACAUUGUGCAAAAACGGGCCAUUUACCCCAAUCGGAACUUCCUGAUGCUCCUCCACAAGUUGAGUGAACAGUUGGCAUUCAAAAGGAGGCUGUGUCCCCUCCUCUGAAAUGACACCUCCUUUUUAUUUACUUCCUUUCUGCUACAACUUUUCAACAAAUAUCUUCUUCUCUAUACGGACAACACUUUAUAGUGUAGGAUGCAGCUGGCCUUUCAAUUGCCACAUUUGUUCAUCCUUGUAACGCAGUGAACCGUCAACAACUUUGUAUAUACAUUUCUGCUUUCAGAGGCGGCGGAAAGGGGGGCAGUGCCUUUUUAAGGCAAAGUACCCCCCUCUGUGUGGCAGCAAAAAUUUUCGUCAUAGCUUAAAAAGAAUGGCAGCAAAAAUUUUCGUCAUAGCUUAAAAAGAAUGGCAGCAAACAUUUUCGUCAUAGCUUAAAAAGAAUAAGUUCUGCAACACCCUGGAAUCUAUUGUAUUAAUGGAUAUAUUACAAAUGCAUAGUGUAUUAGUUUUUUUAAACUGCACAUAUUAACCUUUACCGUAGUUUAUUCUGCAUUAUUGUGUAACUGUUAUUUUACACAUUAUGCUAUAUAAUUGAUGAUCAUAGCAAUUGUAAUACUACAAAGUGAAUUCAUCAAAACCUAAAACUUCAUCUAAUAAAAAAAGCAUCUCACCUCAAA